GGCCUGUUUAAAUGCAUGGCCAUCAACUCCUUCGGCACGGUCUCAUGUGCAGCGAUCUUGGAAGUUUACAAUGACCUGGAGGAACAGCUGGAGAUCGAGGCCAUUCGCCAGCAGGAAACGAUCUGUCUCACACAGGAAAACGAGGCAAUGUUCCAGCAGGAGAGUGCAUCUGUCCAGACUUCCUCCUCCAGAAAGAGCAGCGAGGACUUUCCCCCUCUGCUGCCUGACUCCAUGACCCUUCCCCCUCCUGAGUGGCCUGACAGCCCCAUGGAAGAUAUCAUCACCAGUGAUGCAGAUUUCCCAGAGCCUCAGCCGAUAAACCAGUCCUCUGAAGAACCCUUUAGCCGCAGCGAGGAGGAGUAUGCUCUGAGCCCAGAGGACCAAAGGUCACCAGAGGUUACUAUCCUAGCCUGUACGCCCAGCCCUCCCCCUCCACCCUCACCCUCACCACCACCGCCGCCACCACCAGAAGUCAAGGAGAAAACCCCAGCACCCAAACUGUUCACUCCAAGCAAGCUCAGCUUCACUUCCUCCCAGUCAGGAGGCAACACCAUGAACCUGUCGGACCUGCCUACCUUCACCCCCAGCACCUUCCCUCCCAGCGCCUUCAACUAUGAGCGACCGAGACAUUUUAUUCAGUCGCAGGCGUCCUUCCAGGCGCCCAGCUACGAAAGCGUGGUGCGGGAGGCCCAGGAGAACCAGAAUAACUCCCAACAGAACCUCAACAUCUCUCAGAAUAGUUCAAAGGUUCAGGAGACACAAAGUCAAUCUAAAAUGAUGUCCACACAAAGCCAGUCAUUGUCUCAAAGCCAGUCAUUGUCUCAAAGCCAGUCAUUUUCUCAAAGCCAGUCAGUGUCCAAGUCGUUGUCUCAGACUCAGUCACAGUUUAAGUCACUGAACCUCAAUCAAAACCAAACCCAGCAGGUUGUCGCCCAGAUACCAGUCCAGAACCACGCCAACGGAAUGGGGAAGUCCUCCCCCUCUUCAUCCAGCCUCAGCUCUCCCGUUUCCACCCCGGCUUCCUCUAUUGCGCCUCCUCCUCCUUCCUUCACUUCCCCCUUGCUCAGUCCCUCCUCCUCUCCUUUCCCAGCCUCCCCCUUAUCCACGCUCCCCCGCAGCACCAUGCGCUCCACCAUCACCCUCACCCCCAGCAUCCCCAGUGCCACCGGCCUCGGCAGCGCCACCCUGCCGGCCAACCAGGACAGCAUUUCAGCUCCAGCCGCUUACCUCUGCUCCGUGCUGCCCUCCCCGUCCUCCUUCUCCCCUUACUCCUCCUCUAAAUUGUCUCCCAACUCCAAUCCGCCCCACCCCUCCAUCUCUCCAUCCCGCUCCCCGCUCGCCCCUUCCAGCCCUCUCCUCCCCAUGAGGGCCGCCACCUCUCCUUCCUCCCCUCCUCAGCAGCCUCUCCCACUGUCCUCUUCCCUUCCUCACUCCCCCUUUUCUCCCUUCUCCUCCUCCCCUCUCCCACAGCCCAAUACUCCAAACAGUCAGAACAGAGUAGCGCCUGCUGUGGUCUCCCUUCCCGCCAACUACAAGGGGGCACCCAACACUUUUCCCAAGCCUAUCCUGAAGAAGACUGUGGCUCCUCGGCCUUCCUCCUCUCGCUCCACAGAUGAAGACAUCCAGGGCUCCAAAGACGCCCUCAUGCAGGAUCUGGAAAAGAAGCUGCGCUCCAAGGAGGCCAGGAGGAGAAACAGCCAGAAACUGUCCUAUGAGGAGCGUAUGGCUCGCAGGCUGCUGGGUCCAGACAACGGCAACUACAUGUUAGACCAAGACAACCUUUCAGACUCACAAGUAGACCAGCCAGAUUCACCAGAAGGACGACACACAGGUGGACUAUGGGGGAGGCACCACUCGGGGACAGAUGAUAAAGGAAACGAGGGAUCGGCUAUCCAGGAGAAAUGUUACGCUCCUCGCUUCAUGCAGAUCCCUCCAGACCUCACUGUGGAGGAGGGACGCUUCUGUAGGAUUGACUUCAAGGUUGGAGGUCUCCCCACUCCAGACGUCUCCUGGAACCUGGACGGCAAAGCCAUACGUCCAGAUGACUACCAUAAGAUGUUGGUGUGUGAGAAAGGGAUGCACUCAUUCAUCAUAGAGAUCGUCACAGUGCAUCAUGCUGGCGUGUACGAGUGCGUGGCAAAGAAUCGCGCAGGAGAGAGCAGAUUUACCAUGAGGCUUGAUGUAUUAGCCCAGGAGGCUCUCCGUCCUCCCACCUUCAUCCAGAAGAUGUCGAACUCCAAAGCUCUAGAGGGCGACACUGUUAGGUUAGAGUGUAAAGUGGACGCCUCCCCUCCUCCACAGCUCUUCUGGAAGAAAGAUAAAGACAUGCUGCGUAUUGACCCCAACAGAAUGAGUCUGUACCAGGAUGGGUCAGGCAGGCAGUGCUUGUUGUUAGAGAGGGUGAUGAAGUCCGAUGCUGGUUGGUACACUCUUUCCGCCAUCAACGAAGCCGGCAUGUCCACAUGCAACGCCAGGCUGGAUGUCGGAACUCGUGCAGCCCCGGUCAUGAAAACAGCGCCCCCUGGCUCCAAGACGUUGAAACUGCUGUCGUCUCUGAGCCACAUGCCCUCUCUGACCGUAGAGAGCCCCGCCCAGCACAACGCCCAGCACACCGCCCAGCACACCGCCCCGCUGUAUGAGAGCGAAGAGCUGUAGAUCCCAACUAAUCCCCACCCCCGCACCCCCAUCCACCCGAGUCUGUCUCAUCCUCCAUUCACAAUCACUCAUCUCACCACUGUCAAACUGGGCCUAACAUGUGAACAUCUGGGUUUUUUAAGAAUUCCCCAUGCUCGUGACAACCCAUCUUCCAUCCAUCAGAAGAGUUUUGAGAUAUUUCAAACAUGUUUUCAAGCUGGAGGAAACAUCUAUAACCCAAAGGAACACUUGGUAGCUAAUUUGAGAGAAACGUUUUCAUAGUUAGCGCCGUUAAGUGACUUCUGACUUUAACUCAUCAUGUUGUUCAUCUGCUGCUGCUUGUUAGCGCCAUGCCCAUCCUUCUGUUUAUUGUGUAAUACUGCAGAGCUCAUAUUGGACACACUGUCACUGUCUGUACACCUCUCUCUCUCUCUUUAUCUCUCUCUCUCUCUCUCUCUCUGCUCGGCCCGUCUGUCUUGUCCUGUCUGCUCUCAGCAAAAUGGUGCGUGGAGGUCAUGUGGAUGUAUUAAUAGACCUGGAUACGGUGUGGCAUAGUCAGCCUUGCUUGCCUGUUUUAUCCCAGUGGCCAACCACAACACAGCAACAACAAAAAAUAGAUAAAUCCCCCUGUGGUCCAGGAAGCAUUUCCUCAAUUUAAAGGAGGUAUUUGUCAAACUGAUGACAGGGCAUGAUUUGAUCACUAUUUGUGUAAAACAUUUCAAUUAUGAAGGUCUAAAACUGGACCUGAGCCUAGAAAAGCUUGUUUUUUUUUCAGCUCUAAGUCUAUUUACGUGCAGACGGGCUAGAAACACUAAUGCACAACACUUUGAAUAAACGUACACCAUCUUGCUAGAGUUAGAAAAUAGAAAGCAUACUCACAAUCCAACACUGCCAACGUCUAUCAGAUGCUGCACUUUAACCCCAUCACCUAUCUCCUCGUCACUUUUCCUUCUCGCUCGUAGUUGAAUAAGGAACGUUUUGUGUUUGAGCCUCUAAAUGUAUGUUUGUCUCUGCUGCUGCCUCCGACGACGACACAUGUCUGUAAAGCAUUUACCGCAAGAGAAACUCGGAUUUUUAAAGUUUUGAUGUAAACCUGGACGUUUAAAGAAAUCUCUCACUUCUCAGAUUCUCUGCUGUGGUGUAAAUUCAGUCGAAAUCAUUUGUUUUAAAGUUUCUAAUAUACUGUGUCUGUGAAUGAAUAUUUAUUUGAAGGUAUUAGUUACCAGAGUCAGGACUUUUUUAAGUUGCCCCUUCUCUCGCCUGCAGAAGGCUGAAACCGGAGCUGUAUUGACGAGUUGGAGAAACAACAGCAGGCUUUUAUUUUGAUACCCAGCCUCUACAACUGAACACAAAAGUUGCUCUGCACUUAAAAGAACAUUCAGACCUUACUUAUUUUGAAAAGUUUACAUUUUAUCACAUCUGCAGCGCAGAUAAGACGUGUUUAUUCACUUUACGUAAGAGGAAUGCAUCAUGAAAUCUUUGUGUUCAGUAAAAAAUGGGUAUCAUUGUGUCAGCCUGGGCCCAGAUUCGCUAAAGUCUCCCUAUCUGGCCUUAUAUAAUAAAGUCUAUCAAAAAAAAGAGGCUUGAGUUGCCUGCUUACCAUGGAACUGCUUGUUAUUGCCAGCCAGGAGUUAAUUUCACACACAAAAAAAUGUUGUAUUUUUGGCUGGAUCUGCAUGCAAAGUGAAAAGCUGAUGUUUAACCCUGUGUGGCCACAGAUCAGUGGCAGGAAUUUCUUUAAAGACGCCCAUAACAAGCUGAAAUAUAACAUUUCUGGAUAUUUCUACAGUUUGUCAUGAUGAUGAAGUUUGAAUGAAACAGGGUUGAAGAUUGGAUUUGCUUAAAGCACCAUUCUAGUUUUGGUAAGUUAGGGUCGAGAUUUUGAAACUUCAGGUUGUAGUGUGUAUUCUCCUUUAAGUACUGUUUGUUGUGUCGGAUGUUCUACAUAUCACUGGAUGAAUGAGGAAUAAAGUCUAUGUGACCUUGCCUUUUC